CCGGCCUCUGACGUCAUCCCGCAGCGCCGGAAGCGGUGAGGCAGAGAUGAGUAACGUGAACUUGUCCGUCUCCGACUUCUGGAGAUUUAUUUUUUUUAGAUGAGGUCUUGCUGUGUUGCCCAAGCUGGACUUGAACCCCUAGGCUCAAGCAAUCCUUCCACCUCAGUCUCCCAAGUAGCAGGGACUACAGAGUGAUGAUGCGGGUGUGCUGGUUGGUGAGACAGGACAGCCGGCACCAGCGAAUCAGACUUCCACAUUUGGAAGCAGUUGUGAUUGGGCGUGGCCCAGAGACCAAGAUCACUGAUAAGAAAUGUUCUCGACAGCAAGUACAGUUGAAAGCAGAGUGUAACAAGGGAUAUGUCAAGGUAAAGCAGGUAGGAGUCAAUCCCACCAGCAUUGACUCAGUCGUAAUUGGGAAGGACCAAGAGGUGAAGCUGCAGCCUGGCCAGGUUCUCCACAUGGUGAAUGAACUUUAUCCAUAUAUUGUAGAGUUUGAGGAAGAGGCAAAGAACCCUGGCCUGGAAACACACAGGAAGAGAAAGAGAUCAGGCAACAGUGAUUCUAUAGAAAGGGAUGCUGCUCAGGAAGCUGAGGCUGGGACAGGGCUGGAACCUGGGAGCAACUCUGGCCAAUGCUCUGUGCCCCUAAAGAAGGGAAAAGAUGCACCUAUCAAAAAGGAAUCCCUGGGCCACUGGAGUCAAGGCUUGAAGAUUUCUAUGCAGGACCCCAAAAUGCAGGUUUACAAAGAUGAGCAGGUGGUGGUGAUAAAGGAUAAAUACCCAAAGGCCCGUUACCAUUGGCUGGUCUUACCAUGGACCUCCAUUUCCAAUCUGAAGGCUGUGACCAGGGAACACCUUGAACUCCUUAAGCAUAUGCACACUGUGGGGGAAAAGGUGAUUGUAGAUUUUGCUGGGUCCAGCAAACUCCGCUUCCGAUUGGGCUACCACGCCAUUCCGAGUAUGAGGAAAGAGUGGUUCCAGUCAAGUUCAUCCGAAGUUUUAGGCAGCUGCAUCUACACAGCCCGGGGACAUGGAGGCUUAGAGAUGGCCUGGAUCCAGAGGCCCCCUGUGAGCGCAGUCGGUGCGAGCCCUUCAACAUGCCCUAUAUGGUGUCUGCUUAGACAACUCUCAUGCCUAUGCUGUCAGGACCGGAAUCCUCCCCACCAGGUAUGGCCUUGCCUAGGGAUUCUCUACGUCUUAUGUUUACCUGUGCUGUGCAGGUCAAAUGUUCUAGUAGUGAAGGAAUGACCCACUGAUAGAAAUGAAGUAGAGAAAGGCGACAAUUUAGGAAUUUCACCACUAGGCUAAACUACUUCGAAACAUUCAGAGAACCUUGGAUGAGCAGUUCAAAGUCCAGGGCAAGCACAGAAAAUGUUGUGAACAGGUUUCACUCUUUAUUCUCCUUUGUUAUGAAGAUGAUGUAUUAGUAACAGUGCUACAGGUAGUUAGGCAUGAGUGGGGCAGGAGAGGGCUCUCCCUCCACCCACUAGAAAUGUCGGGUGAUGGUUUGGCAAUUAUUGCAUUGCUUCUCUAAAACUUGUAAUUUGGCAGCGCCAGGGAGAGGCCAUUUCCUCAUGGUUCACACCUGUUAACAUCAAAAUGCUAAUUGAAUGCAGGCCCCAGGGAGAAGCAACUUCCUGGGCAUGCGUGUUAAGAGACAAAAAUGGUGAAAUAUGAUCUUCUGGGGGCACCCUCCACUGGAAAAGGAAGAAAGCCUCAGAUGGGCAUGUGUACAACUCCCUAAACUCACUGUGUGUGCUCAAUUCCAAAGAGUAAGGAAAGCAUGGGCAUGCGGAAAGCCCACCCUAAGGGAAGAAUCCUGGGAGAGAGGCGAGCCUAUAAAGUCCCCUAUAAAGGCGAACCUAUAAAGAUCAAGGUCAAAGGCCCCUUUUGCUGUCUUCUUUUGCUCUCAUUUCUCUUUUGGACCUUCAGUGCCUGGUUGGGUCUCUUUCAAGCUAAUUUUCCUUUCUUUCCUGUUCUAAAGCCUUUUAAAUAAACUUCCACUCCUUCUCUGACACUUGCCUUGGUCUCUUUUCUGCUUUAUGCCCCUCAGUUGAAUUUUGGAACCAUACAGAUAUGCUGCCAGUAACUCGGGGAAACUUGGAUCUCUUUCACUGUAACGGUGGUAAUUGUAAUCAACGAUAAGUGCUUCCUCUGUGGUUUACUUGAAUUAUUUCCUUUAAUUUUGACUGAUUUAAUUUUAAUUUUGAUUUAAUCUAUAAAUCUGUAAAUUUUAAUCCUGAUUUAAUCUAUAAAUAGGCAAUAAUACAGAUGAAGCUUAAAAAGUUGGGUAACUAGAUUGAGGUCAAGUAGCCAAUAAGUGCACAGCAGAGCCUUGAUUCACACCCAGGCAUCCUGGCUAAGAGCCUGCCCUCUUAACCAUAGACCAUACUGGGACACAAGUAAUCCCAACAUCAUUCUGUUUGAUUUGACCUUCAGCAUUCUCUCUUCUGAUUUGUUUGACGCUCAAGGCCUGGUUUUCUUAUUACCUAAACAUAUGCUCUUUGAGCUUUUGUUUCCUACUUCUUUGUAAAAUGAGGUAACUCUGUUGGUCAGUCUCUAAGCUCCUUUCUAGGGCUAAAAUUCUACAGUCCUGCAAUUUUUUUUUUUUUUUGGUUGUUGUUGUUGUUGUUGUUGAGACAGAAUCUCACUUUGUUGCCCAGGCUGGAGUGCAGUGGUGCCAUCUCAGCUCACUGCAACCUCUGCCUCCUGGGUUCAAGUGAUUCUCCCACCUCAGCCUCCCGAGUAGCUGGGAUUACAGGUGCCCACCACAAUGCCCAGCUAAUUUUGUACUUUUAGUAGAGAUAGGGUUUCACCAUGUUGGCCAGGCUGUUCUCAAACUCCUGAGCUCAAGUGAUCUGCCUGCCUUGGCCUCCCAAAGUGCUGGCAUUACAGGCAUGAGCCACUACACCCGGCCAGUCCUGCAAUUCUUGAUAUCACUCUUUAAGUGUUGGAUAUCUUUAACAUUGCUGCUGAAAAUAUGCAACAAACAAAUUUUAGGCUUUCAAAAAUAAAGAAAUCUGGAUGGACCCACCAGAAUGUUACCCAGGGUUAUUUCUGGGUGGAGGGAUGAUGGUUGUUUUAAAAACAAUUAUAUUUCUUUUUUCUUUCUUUUUUUUUUUUUUCAGAUGGAGUCUUGCUCUGUUGCCCAGGCUGGAGUGCAGUGGGGUGAUCUCGACUCACUGCAACCUCCGCCUACUGGGUUCAAGCGAUUCUCCUGCCUCAAUCUCUCAAGUAGCUGGGACUACAGGCAUGUGCCACCACGCCUGGCUAAUUUUUGUAUUUUUAGUAGAGACGGGGUGUCGCCAUGUUGGCCAGGCUGGUCUCAAACUCCUGAUCUCAGGCAAUCCACCCACCUCGGCCUCCCAAAGUGCUGAGAUUACAGGCAUGAGCCACUGUGCCCAGCCUAUAUUUAUUUUUGGCUUGUCUUUGUUUUCUAGUUUUUCUCUAACAUAAAUAUUUGUGUAAUAAACAAAUAUUAAAAUUUAAGAAGUUGUGAUCCUUUAUUGUGGGCUGGUAGCCUACAUUCAGCCCUUGACUUUGAUGAGUAACAAAAGAAUGAAAUAGUCCCCUAGAAAUAAGAUAAAAAUAUUAAAAAUUUUAAUUGUGGUAAACAAAACCAAACCUAGCAUCUUAACCAUUUUUAAGUGUACAGUGCAGUAGUGUUAAGUAUAUUCAUAUUGUUGUGCAGCUAAUCCCCAGAACUCUUUUCUUCUUGCAAAACUGAAUCUCUACACCCAUUGAACAACUCCCCAUUUCCUCCUGCCCUUCAGCCCCUAGUGAUAUGGACAGGAGACAGGGAAAUACUAAGGAGAAGAGGGUGGUUCCCUGCCAAAGGCCCCACCCUUAAGCCUGGAGACCUGUGGCCCUAAGUGGGAACAGGCAUUUCUGUUUUUGUGCCCAAAAAGUUGUCUUUUGGCCUGCCAUGCCCCCCAUCCUAUAUCCAUAUAAACUCUGAGCCCCAGGCUUCAGAAGCAGACGAGCAGGUGAGGAGGCAGUGAAAUAAGAGACAAGCAGAUGAAUGGCAGAACAACACAGCAGAGAAAGAGAGAAGAGGAGGAAUGUCUGAAUACCGAGAGGAGUUUGGCUAAGGGUGGUCAGAGGGGAGUUCAGCUGCUGGAUGGCCAUACUCCAGGGAAAGAUCAUCUUCCCACUUCAUCCCCUUUCUAGCUCCCCACCCAUCCCUCUGAGAGCCACCUCCACUGCUCAAUAAAACCCCGCAUUCAUCCCUCAAGCCUGUGUUCCAGGGACACUGGGCAAGAGCUUGAGAUACAGAAAGCUGUCACACUGGCCCUCUGCCCUUGCAAAAAGGCUGAGAGUCCAUUGAGCUGGUUAACACUCAAGCUGUCCACAGACGGCAGGGCUAAAAGGGCACACUGUAACUCAUGCCCACUUGGGCUCCUGCACCUGUCUGUCUAUGUGCUUCCCCUCCCUUCAGGGGUUUGAGCAGCGGCAGUGACUGAACAGCUAAGCCACACCCCUGUUGCAUGUCCUGUGAGGGGGAACAGGGAACUCUUCCGUUUCAUUGGCAGCCACCAUUCUGUUUUCUGUCUCUCUGAAUCUGACUACUUUAGAAACCUCAUAUAAAUGGUGCACAGUAUUGUCUUUUUGUGACUGGCUUAGUUCACUUAGCAUAAUGUCCUCAAGGUUCAUCUAUGUUGCAGCAUGUGUCACAUUUCUUUUCCAGUUUAAGGCUGAAUAAUAUUCUGUUGUAUGUAUAUACCACAUUUUUUUAUCCAUUCACCUGCCGAUGAAUAGCGUUGCUUCCACUUUUUGGCCAUUGUGAGUACUACUACUUAAAGGUGUUUUUUAAAAAAAAUGGGGGCUGGUGCCUAAUUCAGGGAAAAAAAGGAAGUAAAUAUCUAUGUACAGUAAGUCCUCACUUAACGUCAUUGAUAGGCUCUGGAAACUGUGACUUUAAGUAAGAUGACAUAUAAUAAAAUCUUUUUUUUCAACUUUUAUUUUAGGUUCAGGAGGGUACAUGAGCGGGUUUGAUACAUGAGUAAAUUGUGUGUUGCUGGGGUUUGGUAUAUAAGUGAUUUUGUCACCCAGAUAGUGAGCAUAGUACCCAACAGUAUAGUUUUUCCACCUUCACACUCCUCCCACCCUCCACCCUCAAGUAUGGCCAGGUGUCUGUUGUUCCUAUCUUUAUGUCCAUGUGUACUCAACAUUCAGCUCCCACUUAUAAGUGAGAACAUGGAGUAUUUGAUUUUCUGUUCCUGCGUUAGUUCGCUUAGGAUAAUGGCCUCCCGGUGUAUCCAUGUUGCUGCAAAGGACAUGACUUCAUUGUAAUUUACGGCUGUGUAGUAUUCCAUGAUGUAUAUGUACCACAUUUUUCUUUUAUCCAGUCGACUGUAGGUGGGCACCUAGUUUGAUUUUAUGUCUUUGCUAUUGUGAAUAGUGCAGCAAUGAAUAUAUGAGUGCAUGUGUCUUUUGGGUGGAAUGACUUAUAUUCCUUUGGGUAUAUAACCAGUAAUGGGAUUGCUGGGUUGAAUGGAAAUUCUGUUUUCCGUUCUUUGAGAAAUCCCCAAACCGUUUUUCACAGUGGCUGAACUAGUUUACAUUCCUACCACCAGUGGAUAAGCAGUCCCUUUUUUCCAAAAUCCUGCCAACAUCUGUUAUUAACAAAACCAAUUUUGCCAUAGGCUAAUUGAUAUAAACAAGAGUCAAGUUCCUAUGACAUAUUUCUGGUCACAAAAACAUCACCAAACUUCUAAAUAAAGACUCCAAACACUCUUAAUAUUACACAUUGAAAUAUGAAAGUGGACCAUACAUAUACUUAAGAAAAAUUAGCCGGCCGGGUGUGGUGGCUCACGCCUGUAAUCCCAGCACUUUGGGAGGCCGAGGUGGGUGGAUCAUAAGGUCAGGAGUUCGAGACCAGCCUGGCCAACAUGGUGAAACCCUGUCUCUACUAAAAAUACAAAAAUUAGCUGGGCGUAGUGGCAGCACCUCUAAUCCCAGCUACUCGGGAGCCUGAGGCAGGAGAAUUGUUGGAACCCGGGAUGCGGAGGUUGCAGUGAGCUGAGAUUGCGCCACUGCACUCCAGCCCGGGUGACAGAGCAAGACUCCAUCUCAAAAAAAAAAAAAAAGAAAAAAAAGAAAAAA